GCGGCCGCCGUAGCCAUGGCAGCGGGUAUUUAUUACAUUUAAUUACCUUUAAUUACAUUUCCAGCCGCCGCCGCUCCGGACUUUAACCCGAGCUCGGAGCGGCAGCGGCGCCUCCGCUCCUGCCCGGACCCGAAACCCCCCGGAUCUCCCCCAAAAAAUGGCGAAGUUUCUAUCCCAGGAUCAAAUUAAUGAGUUCAAGGAAUGCUUUUCCCUGUACGACAAGAAGCAGAAGGGGAAGAUUUCUGCCGCGGACCUGCUGGUGGUGAUGCGGUGCCUGGGGGCGAGCCCCACGCCCGGAGAGGUGCAGAGACACCUGCAGCUGCACAGGAUCGACAGGAACGCUGAGCUGGACUUCUCCACCUUCCUGAACAUCAUGUACCGGCAGAUGAAGCAGGAGGAGCCCGAGAGGGAGAUCCUGAGAGCCCUGGCCAUGCUGGACAGGAACAAGAGGGGGGUGAUCCCUGUGCCCGAGCUGCGUGCCAAGCUCACCCUGCUGGGGGAGAAACUGUCCGAGGAGGAAGUGGAUGAUCUGCUGAAGGAAGCCAAGGUUGGGCCCCAAGGAACCAUCAAAUACGAGGAAUUUGUUCACCUGCUCUGCCUCCCUUCAGUUGAUUACUGACCCCACGGUGAGAGACAAAACCUCAAAGUUUUUAUUUCUGUUUUCCCUCUCUGAUCAGAGCCAGGAACCAUCAGCUGCCUUUCCAAACCUGAUUUUGCCUUCAUUUAUUGCUGGCACUCCCCCUGAUUGCUGGGGAAAGAUGUGAGCUGGUACUGAAAUAAACUGAGUGUGGCAAUGUG